AUGGCCUCCGUGCAAAAAGUAAAGCGAUGUCCCGGGUGCCAUCAUACCAAGUUCAUCCAAGACAUGCUGGCACUGUCGGGUGAUCUUUUGUGUGAGAACUGUGGUAUGGUGCAAGAAGAAAACCCCAUCAUUUCCGAGGUCCAGUUCGGUGAAUCCUCCAGCGGUGCUGCCAUGGUGCAAGGUGCCAUGGUGGGCGCCGAUCAGGCCCGUGCUAACUUUUCCAUGAGAAACGCCAUGGAGUCAAGGGAACAGACACUUCUUAGCGCUAAGCUGAAGAUUCGUAAAUUGGGAAGCGCCAUGAGGAUCCCAGAGUACAUCAUGGAGUCUGCUAGUGGAUGGUUUAAGCUUGCUUUGGUGCAGAACUUCGUGCAAGGUCGUCGUUCCCAGAAUGUGAUCGCUGCUUGUUUGUAUGUGGCUUGUCGUCACGAAAGGACUCACCACUUGUUGAUUGAUUUCUCUUCUAGGUUGCAGAUUUCGGUGUAUUCUCUCGGUGCCACAUACUUGAAACUUGUUCGUGCCUUGCAAAUCCAAAAGCUUCCGCUCGCUGAUCCAUCUUUGUUCAUUCAACACUUUGCUGAAAGACUUGGCUUUGGUGAUCAGACUGCCAAAGUUUGCAGGGACGCCACAAAAAUCGCUCAACGAAUGGCCUCCGAUUGGAUUUUUGAGGGAAGAAGACCAGCUGGUGUCGCAGGAGCUUGUCUUUUGCUCGCAGCCAGAAUGAACAACUUUAGGAGAUCCCACGUUGAGAUCGUAGCCGUGGCUCGUGUGGGUGGAGAGACAAUCCAAAAGAGACUUAACGAGUUCAGAAAGACGAAAUCUGGUGUCUUGACCCUUAAUGAGUUUCGUGAGUCCGAAAAAACUGAACCCUCCCUACCGCCUUCUUAUCAACAGAAUCGUAACAUCGAGUCGAAGAUCCAGAAAAUGCUUCGGCAAAGGGCCCGCAUGCUCAAGCUGUACAAGAGGCUUGCUAGCCGAAAUAAGCUUUUCGAUGCUCUUUUCGAGGAAGAGAUGGAUGAGAGGCCACAACCGAAGAAGGAGCCAAACUCAAGUGUAGCUUCUACACAACAGACAGAUGUUGAGAAUGGAGAGAAUGAGGGACCGAUAUCUAGGGAUGAACCUACGAAUGAACAAUCCGCCUCAAGGCAGGAGGAGGAUAAUGAAGUACCCGCCCCAAGGCAGGUAGGUUCCGAUGAAGAAGCUGCUCCAGGGCAGGUUGGCACAAAUGACGAAUCUGUCGCUGAAGAUACCGCGAACAAGGACGCAAGCAAUUCUGAAGCUACCGGUGAUGUAUCUGAACGCGAGAAGUCUACCGACAAUGCAGAAACAAAUAAUGAUGAAAGUGUCGCCGAGAAUUCUGUUCAAAACAACUCGUUGAACAAAGAAGACGCGAAUGAUCAAGGUGGUCCCAACGCUUUGAACAGUAAUGAAGAACCAACCGUGAAUGACGAAUCGAUAUUCGACGAUAUGUAUGACAUCAUGCCUGCGGACAUUGAGGAUGAAGUUCCACAAGUUCACGAUCCAGCAUAUAAACCUUCUAGCGGGAGUGGCAGGCUCAGAGGGUUAUCGUCAGACAGAAAGCUACGUGUGCGUAAAGAGAGGAAUUACGCUGCAGACAAUUUCAAUCAUGAAGCUGCUUACGAUGCCAUGGAGCCCUUUCAGGCUAUUCGUAAAAGGAGAGCGACAAAUGUGUCGAUGGCUAAGAAGGACUCUCUUUUGAAAUCAGUAUUGGCAGGAGGAGAGAUAUCUGAGAAAGAAUUAGAAUCUGCACUCGAUCAUAUCUGGCGCAGCCAGCAAAAAACUCUAAAGGAAGCGCUUUAUCUGAUUCCAUCAGAAGAGCGAAGAAGGGCUCGUGUGAGUGAACUAUUCGUCCCCGAGACUGGUGGGGAAGGAGAUGAAGACGGAAAUGAGCUGGCUCUUCCGACUGAUCCUAAUGAGAAGGAGCUAUUGCGGCGUAUUGAACUCAACAGACCUAGAAAUUUGGUUAAGAACUGUCCGACCACGGAAAGUUUGCUCAGCAAGGUGCCUGACAACCCUGAGCUUAAUGACGAUGAUGACGACUCAGAAGUCGAGUUCUUGCAGCUCACCCCAGCACAAGCGAAGAAGAAGGAGGAAGCAUGGGUUGGUAUGAACUACGAUUUCCUAAUUGCCCAGGAGAAGAAAAACUUGAAGCAGGCUGCUGAUGAGAUCGCAGGAAACACUUCGGGCCAGCCACGAAAAAGAAGAAGAAUCAAGGAGUCCAGCGUGGAUCCUGUCAUCAACGACCCUGCAGUUGCAAACGCAAUCAGUCAGAUAGGAGAGGAUGGUAGAGCCGUUACCCCAGCCGAAAGCGCCAAACAAUUAUUGCAAAGCAAGAAUUUCUCGAAGAAGAUCAACUACAGCUCAAUUGGUGAUCUUUUUAAUAAGUAA